ACGACGGCCGAGAUCUAUCGCUAGAACGCGCGAUUUGGAGCGUUCAUUAACGGACAGUCUUGAUGAGGAGAUGUACAUCGCGCCUUCUCACUGGAGAUGUAGAGAGAGAACGCUUUUCAGAACAGCGCAAGUAGGGUUUAGAGAAAAUGGGUGGCAAGGGAAGAAGAAGAAGGGAGAAGAACUACAGAGCCGCUCAUGGAGGCUCCAACGUCCUCCCUCCUCCACCUGAUCCUUCCAUGGUGGACGCUUUGCCCUCAAAACUUCGUCGGAUCAUCUCUUUCACUUCUUCCUCUCAACCAGAUAUCAAACAACAAAAGACGCACGAGGGUGACAAUGCCCAAGCUUUAAAGGACAAAGUUCAAGUCAAUCCCAGAGAUACCAGGCCGGAAGGUACCGAUGCACAAUUGCAGGCACCUCAUCAUAAAGAUAAUAACGAUGAACAAAUUGGGAGGAGUAGUACAAUCGAAAAGAACAAGAAAAAGAGAAAGAGGAAGGAGGUUAAAGACCUGAGGUUUGAAAUGGAAGUGGAGAAAACAAGAUCCCGGAUAAAGAGACGAGAGCGCAAGAAAAAGUAUUUGGAGGCAAAAAAGAAGAACAAAAAGAACAAUACAGAAGAGCAGGACUUUCCUGGACAUGAAAAUAUAAAAUUUGGAGACAUUGUGGAAGGCCCACCAAAGUUGAAUGUUAUUCCUAAGGCAUUCAAGAACCCCCAAGAUGCUUCACAAGAGAGACUCAGACUCAAAGCUAUAGAGCAAUACCGAAGUCGCAAGGGUUGGGUUUCAAGGCCAGGAAGUCACUUGCCGCCACCAGUGACUGCAUCAACAUUAUAAACCACUUUCAGCAUUUUGUCACACAUACUCUGCAUGAGGCAUUGGUGUCUGCUAGCUGCACAAUGUAGCUGUUAUGUGUUGUACUGGAAAGCAAAUGUGGCUUUUCCUUUUUUCAGGUUGGUUAAUUGUUCUUGUAAUGAAAAUUUGUUUCUCAAUAUAUAGUAAAAAAGAGUAGAUGGAAAGAACAAUUUGACACCUAAGUUAGAAAAUGAUAUGGCCUAGUCCAGCAUUAGUUAUGACCUCGAUCCAUCUGAUCAAUUUUGAAUCUUGCAACUCUCUUGAGUAAAUGACAUACGUCUCUUCUGAUUGUUUUUCUUUGAAUGUCUUCAUCUGUGUCCUUCGCUAAGUAUGGCAUAUUCUUUUGACAUGUAAAUUGCAAGUGAAACUGUUGAGGAUAAAAGAUGAUGUCUAUCUGUAGCUGCCAUUUAAUGGCAGUCCUGAUUCCUUUGAGUGCUUCUUGUUGCCUGUCA